GAAAGAUGUCUAAUAUGGGUUGGAAAACUAUUUUGUGAAAAUAUUGAUAAGUGCUCGAAGACUGCAGAAAGGAAGAUACUCCGAUGCCGGGUACUUCCAUUAUUUACUACCAUCCAAACUGGACCAAGGCUAAGAUGAAAAUCUGGGGAACAAGUCGCAUUGACCUUGCAUAUUUUCAACAUCAAGCUUCGAUUCUGCACAGUUAUCUCCUCAACUGAUCGCUUCCGUCUUGAUUUCAUUCGAUCAAUCAUGUUAUAUCUUUUCAUACCGAGCUAGUCAAUCAUCUACUCACGCAAUAUAGCCUUUCCUCCUAUACCGAAUUUCAUCUCAGCUCACCAGCUUUAGACUCUCUGUCGACCUGCCAACUAGUUACGUUAUACCCGCGACAAUCUCAAAGUCUAUCCUGCUAAGGCGACCGCGCCAAUGGCACCUCGGAGACCAAUUGAACGUAAGUCUUCGCUUGCAAAGCGCUCUCAACUCAGACACUCUGGCCAUGGAAGAAGUCAAAUUGGAGCCAGCACUUUGCAUCCAAGAUCGAGCGUGUCAAACAAAGAGACAAAUGAAGAUAAAAUUGGAAAUAUUUCUGAGGCGAACUCGUCGACAACUACGAUCGCCUCAACAAUCAAAGCGCUCUCUUUGAAGUCAACGCGCUCCAAAGCAUCAAAAGCGUCCACAGUUGUUUCAUUUGGAUCUUCUUCCGUUUCUGGUACCACAAUCGAAGGGUCUCCUGGACCAACCCGGGAGGAAAAAGAUGCGAGAAAACGAGCAGUGAAAGCAGCGCGGAAGGAAAACAAAAAUGCCGAUCCGAAUUUCGCAUACCUUCCUAAAGGUUUGAACAACAAGAUCCGGAAUAAGGAUCCUUUAAAAGCCAAGCUCAGAAGGUUGUUCAAACCUAAAAAGAAAACUAUUCAAAAGCCGCUUGAUCGAAGUCAACCAGUCGCAACACCAAAACUCCGUUACAGAACCGAUCGACCCACGCCAGCCCCCGAGAGGUACAUUCCACCAAUCGCGCCGGCAAGGAAGCUUGAUGGAAAUAUCGAGCUGGACAAGACGGGCGCAAGCUUGUGUGGCGAGUUUCAAACCCUUGCGGAAACGCAAGAAGAACGUGACAAGCACGUCGAACAGGCGCAAUUCCAGCAUGAGCUUAGAAAGGCAACCGAACAGAAACUACGACUAGAAGGCAGAGAACACGUGAAUGAUCCAAAGAUUGGCCGAGCACCCCCGAUAACCUGUCGAGCGCUCAUUGAGCCUACGCUUCCAAGGCAAACGAGGAGGAAUAGAUCUGAAUUGAUGCCCAUUGGUAUUAAUGAACCUCCCACUCCUACCGAAAGAGUGCCUCCAGAAAUUCUACCAGCGGAACGAGUGCAACCUUACCUACAGAACGAUGAUUUGGGAAAAUUUACGCAGCAUUCCCAUCGACUAGACGAUAGCGCUCAAACAUCAUUGGAGAAUUUGACGGGGCAAACUACGCCGUGCUCAUCAACAGAGGUCUUGCCGUACAAGCCUCGUCACCGAAGCAAUCUUAGUUCCUCCACAAGGCCAUAUCGGAAGCAAUCGGUAACAUUUAAUGAGUCCGUUACACAGUUUACCAUUCCAGAGACAGAUUAUGACACUUCAGAGAUUACAGUGAAAGCCAGCGACGAGACUAUUCGCAAUAUCGCAUUAACUGGAACUGUUGCCGAUUACAAUCGAUCAUUAGAGCCACGGGUUGACCCACCUGUUGAUACAACAAUAUCAUGGAGUCCGGCUGGGAAUAACUCGGGGGGAAGAUCCAAAAGAUCGGGUAUCCAUACUGAAGAUGAGCUCCAAGCGUUGCAUAUUGCCGGUUUGAGAGAGGAAAGAAAUGUAAACACCAAAGAGAAAGAUGGUGCAUCGCAAGGCAAAUUUACCAUCCCGCAGAGAGAUAAUGCCCAGGCAACUGAAAGCUUCCUUCGGUUCCAUUCUGUUGUCUCAAAAAGAUUGGACGACACAUCCAAAGCUCUAAGUGAAGACAGCGUAGAGAAAGGAAGCUUGGGUGGUCGAAAUUCACGCGUGAACGAUUUCCUUAAACACGCUAGCUCGACUCCCGAAUUUCGCCCUGCCUCUUAUGAUACACUCACAAAUUUCCUGCUUGUUGCGAAUACGCCGGCGCCGCCAAUUCCCACAAAAUCACCAUUGAGAAAAUUAUCUCAGCCAAAUUUGCUUCCUGCCAUCAACACGUCAAAUGCGUCGAAAGCACACAGUUUCAUUGCACAUAAUCAAUCACUCCUUGCCAGAUAUCGCACUGAGUUAAAGCGACUUACAGAAGCGCAUGAGGAGAAGAUGGAGUUCUUGAGAAAGAAGAGGCAAGAACAUCGCAAGAAGCAUGGCGGUCUCAAAAAUCAGGAUGAUCCUGGCGAAUCCACUGCGAAGCCACCGUCCAAAUUAAGAUCCAGAAUCUCUAACCUGUUCAAAUCUUUGGAAAAGCAAGCAGGAGUCACAGAGGAGGGAGGAAUUCUUGAUAACGUUGUCACAUCAUUUGAUCCAGGUGAAGAUUGGGUCUACGAUCCUCUGGGUUUGAUUGCCGGCCAAUACACUGCUCGCGAUUAUUACCGUUCUCUGUACACAUCAGAUUCCAAUCACACGUUAAGGGAGGAACAGGAACAGGAAGAUCAUAUUAAUAAUACCGGUGCACUGUCAGUUACUCCUGAUCAGGUUACGCCACAGGACGAGCACAACCCCAAUCUUGUAACAAGCACAAGCGGCGGCUAUACUUCGGACUCAAGGUCUGAGAGUGAGGAUAGCCCAAAGGAAGACACUGAAAAGUCAUCCUCGAAACCAUACUACGAAUCUCUUACCCCCUCACAGAAGAGUGACUACGAUUACAAUUAUACUGAACCAACGCCGGAAUUCCUUGCUACCGAGUCUGACGGGGCUGCGGCAAAGCGUAGGCAGAGGGAGACCGAAGCAUCGGUGCGAGCUAACAAAGCGGUCUUGCUAGCACAUGACGCUGUACUACGAGAUUUCGACAACUCUCCACUUGCAGCUGGAUUCCAUAGUACAAGAAAAACCAGCAGCGGAAGUAGUGCAAAAGACGACGCGACAAACGGUGCAAAUACUUAUUCUCACGUGACUACGAACGCACCGCCGCUUGCUCAAGAAGAACGCGGCUCAAAUCUACCAAAUCCUGAAGGAAAAGAAUUCACAGCCUCCGAAGGUGUGAAGAGACCUGAAUCUCAAGAAAACUCAAGUUGUUCGCUUUCUUGCGGUUAUUCUACUGAAUCCUCAACGCAAGAACCGGAAAAUUUACUUCCGACAGCGAGAACUUUACAACAACCCCCACCAGCUUCCACCGCCCCCUCUUUACGAAAUAAUCAUUUCGGUGGUGCUUCCAAGCAGUGCGAGUCUCAAGGCUCGUUUGGGUUCAAGGGUCAAAAUUUGUCUCUACGCAGUCCUCAAAUUUCAAAAACUACAGAAACUCAGAAAUCUAGUGAAACUGCCCCUCAACAAGCUGAGCCUGCACUAAAUCGUCAUUCACGACGUGUUUCAUCGGCUUCUUCCAUUAGUAGACAAUAUUUUAGGGAAGAAUCCGACAAGUGGAUCAAUUCCGAUACGCUCGCUGAAAACGCUACCGAAGAUCGUGAUCUGGAGGAUAGUUAUCGUGCUUAUUUCCAAAGCUCAAGGUUCGAGGAAUUUUCUCAGAAGAUACCCAUUAGUCAAGAUACCACAUCGACAGACGACGCUCAAGCUGCUGCUAACUUUGAGCGGGCACAAGCACGCAGAGCAGAGCGAAGGGAAGCUCGUAAAGCUCUCCAAGAAUCUUUAGCCCAUUCAAUUCCAUAUAUAGAGGAUCAAAAGAGGGAAGCAGAGAAGGAAGCAGAAAAGCAAGCCAGGUUUGAGCGCUCGCUUACGCUUCGCCGACCAGAUCAUAAUCCAGUUGGCACUGCUCGUCUCAGAUAUUUGCUUUUGAGUGGCAGAGAUCGAAACAGUCUUGAAGAGCAAGAAUUUUUAACCCUUUGCGCGACACGCUAUCCAGACGGUAAUCUUCGUCAAGAGCCUAGAUCAAAAGAAGCCCAAAUUGCAGAGCCUGAACUCGCUACUUCGCUUGAAUCACUUAAUCGACGUCCAGAAUAUAAUUCGGACAUUGCCGCUUCUAAUCUUUCAAGGUUCGGUACUGUCAGACAUCUGAAAGCUCCUACUAUAAUCAAUCCUAUCAAGAAAUCGCAGACUGGCGUUGCACCUGACUCUAUCGAACACGAUAGAUUGCGCUUAGACAGACUUCAAAGCGAUUACAGCAUCUCCACCGGCUCUCCAGUUUCCAGAGGCGCCAGUACAUUUGGCCUUGAUUCGCCCUUCAACGCUCUGCAACAAGAUUCUACGCCUUUAGCAACUCAGGCGACAUAUCUUUCCCAGAUACCUCACCCUAGAAGUUCUUCAAGAGAGCUCCAGACACCAUCUCCUUCGUCACAGAGCUAUAGAACUCAGUCGUCUCUUUCUGGGCUAAAAUCCUCACAGAACUGGUCGCAGAAUAACUCAUCCACCACCCAAGAGCCGCUUACAAGCUCGCGUCUUCGUCAGUUCUCCCCUUCUUCUCGUCAAGUAACUCCUACACCACGCAACUUGCCAAAGACAUCAGCCGUGAACAAAAAAUCAACUUUUAUCUCACGUAAUAGCUCACAAACAUCUGCAGAAAGACAAGGAAACUCUUCCGCAUCUCGUCUUCCAGUCCCAGGAACAAACGUUGCAUCUGGAACUCCAAAUAUACCUCCUUCGCAACUUUCUUUUUUAGACGUUAGCCUCGUAGCUUUAGAAGCCCAUUUUGCCGAAAUGGACAAGCUUCAAGUCAGAAACUCCGAACCAGUUUCGAUCAAGACAAAAGCUAUCGAGGAUGCACGGCUCAUGCAAGCUUCAGUUAUUGAAGCAGCAACUAAGUUAGGGAAGGAACCACCUAAAUAUGCGUUGAUAGAAUUAAUAGGAAAGGGAAGUUUUGGACGUGUUUAUAAAGGAAAGGACAUGGUAUCGGCUGCAAUUGUGGCUGUAAAGAUCAUCGACAUUGAGGAGAGCGAUACGAUCAACCCAAAGAAUGCCAAUUCGUAUGCCGAAUUCUUGAAGGAAAUUACCGCUUUAAAGACUCUGAGUGAAAACAAAGCUCGGAAUAUUAAUCAUGUCAUCGAAGCAUUGCCAGUUGGGCAAGCCAUGUGGAUGAUUACAGAAUACUGUGGUGGAGGGAGUGUUGCUACUCUUAUGAAGCCUACCGCUCCUGGGGGCUUACAAGAAAAAUGGAUCAUACCGAUACUUCGCGAGGUCGCUGAAGCUAUCAAAUGGGUGCACGAGGCUGGCAUCAUACAUCGAGAUAUCAAGUGCGCCAAUGUUCUUAUUACUGAAGAAGGUGGAGUUCAACUUUGCGACUUUGGUGUUGCUGGAACCAUGGAAACAAAGGUUGAUAAGAGAUCUACCGUCAUUGGCACACCACAUUGGAUGGCACCAGAGUUAUUCGACGCUGUCCCCAGCUAUGGUAAAGAAGUUGAUAUAUGGGCUUUCGGAUGUAUGGCUUAUGAGAUCUCUACUGGUCUUCCACCUAAUGCCAUGAGUCGACUUCCGUUUGAUCGACUUGGCUCUCUUAUAAAACAACAUGCUCCACGGCUUGAAGGGGGAGAUUAUUCUGAUGAGUUGAGAGAUCUUGUUGCUUUCUGCUUGGAAGAAUUCCCAAGUGAACGUCCUUCGAUUGACCGAGUUCAAAAUCAUCACUACAUUCUCAACACUAGUUCAAAAUAUCCAAUGUCAUCACUUUCUCAUCUCGUCAGGGCAUUUAAGUUGUGGGAAGAUCACGGGGGAAGCAGAAAAUCUCUAUUUAUGCUGGGUGGAGCGCAAGCACCAUCAGAGUUUUCCUCAACAGCAUUGUCCGAUGAUGAGUGGAACUUUAGUACAACUGCUGCAUUCGAACAAGAGGUUAGACGCAAGUCAACGGCACAAGAUGUUUACGACGUGUAUGGCUCAGGUGUUGAGUUUGAUGCUGGCUUUCCUCAAGAGACUGCCCGUCCACCACCUCAAAAAGGACGACGCCGACCCCCACCAGAGGCCCUAGCACCGUCUCGUGGUCCGUUAGAAAAGAUAUUUGAUCCAAACACAUUAUCAAGCUAUGAGGAUAAUGUUCGCAAUCAUUAUGGCCGACCGUACCUUCCACCAACUUCAGACUUACCACCUGUUCCAUCUCGUUCCGAUUUACCUUUACGUGAUGAUACAGCGCAGACGUCUAUCAGGGAUACUAUGAUUGAUCUUGGAGGACAUGAUGUCGAAACAGGUAUAUCCGUGUUCCCGGAUAUGGAUACCAUCAAAGCUGGAAGACGUGUACGAGAAGAACCCGAUGAAGAUUACAUGACCACCUUGCCGGAUUUCAGUCGACCAGCACUUAGCGAUCCAGCUGAUAUAAAUCCAAAUCGACGUACUCGAGAAUGGAAAUUUCCAGCAAUGGUACCGCCUGCGUCUGCAGAUCCAGAAGUCUCUAGGUUUCCCCCUUCUACUUAUGAAGUUCCAAAACCAGCAUUCACUCCAGGCAUCGGUGGUCGUCCUAGUUUAGUUCAUCAUCCAACCGAGCCUCUGGGUGGAUUCAGUGGCGGACUUCCACCUGCAGAAAUCCACACUGGAAUGCCUCGUUUAUCUUUCCGCGAAUCUCUCAUCGAUCUAGAUAUGAGCAUGCCAGACCCAGUACCGGCUUUCAACUCCGACUUUGGUCGACCAUCAACGGCAGAUUCUGAUGCUAUUUCAAUCAUAAGCGAUUCUGGACAAGCCUUAGCGUCUUCUACGGUCAAUCCAUUUGAACUCGAACGUCAUGCUUCACUUUAUCAACCUACCUCUCAUUCCCGCGAACCUUCCCUCUAUACUCCUUCUCACUCCCGUGAGCCCUCUUUAUUUGUGUCUUCACAUGAGCGUGAGCCUUCCAUAUAUGCCCCUGCUCGUGAGCGUGAGCCUUCUAUCUACGCCCCAUCUCAUGAGCGCGAGCCUUCUAUUUACGCACCAUCUCAUGAGCGCGAGCCCUCUAUUUACGCACCAUCUCAUGAGCGCGAGCCUUCUAUCUAUGCCACAUCUCACGAGCGCGAACCUUCUAUUUAUGUUACAGAAGAAAUGGGGGCAUUCUCAACUUCCGCUACGCCUCCCCGUCCUGAAAGUACAUCACGUCCACUUCGCGCAGAUCGUCCACCUCGUCUUCGCACCGGGAAUGCUCUUCGUGACAUUGCUGAUAUAUCAGACCUUUCGGAUUCGGCUGCAGAGAGUACUAUGGGUUACAAUACAGAUGCCAACGACACAGAUUCAGACUACGCAACCGCUUCGACCCAGCCAGCGCCAACAUCUGCUCCUUCUCGCGAUCCAAAUGCUCCAUAUACUAUGGCACAUUUCCCAAAUCUACCCAAUGCUCCUUCGGUGCGUGCUUUGACAGGCGAAGCAGGGCAUGAAGAAAUGGCUUUCGAGAUGUCAAGAAUGUUACGUGGUUUAACUGGUCAACUCGAAGCUUUUCGCGAUGUUUAUGGUUCUAAUGAUCUGGCUCGUAGAUCUAAUCAGAGACGUGAACGAAGAGAUAAUGGGGAGAAUGGCGUUUAGGUCUCUGAUAGUUUUCACAAAAUACCAGGAAAUGUUUGUAUAAUAUGUAGGAUGGGUAUACCCUCCAAGUUUUUAUUGCAUAGUCGGCAUGUCUUUUUGUGGAUUGAUGCUGAGCUACUUUUGCUUUUUUAUCAUUUUGUCAUUUUUAUUUCUUUUCUGUUCAUUAAAAGGCGCACCCAUCAACUGUUACUGCGAGGAUUUGAGUUUCUAUGACACAAAAAAGAUAAAAGAGUCAAAGAGAUGCAUUUGAUACAUUUCAUGAUUUGGCAAAUAAGAUAUGAUAAGAUACCUUAGAUAUGGUACGAAUACUCAAAAUUGGUGCUGGACAGGAGAACGAUUCUUAUGAAGGACUACUUUCUUGAAAAAUUUCGAGAGAUGAAGGAUAAGGACAGAUAGUUACUAAAACAGAAAACAUUA